CCUCCGGCGCGUCAGCACUUCUUGAACUUUGACCGCUUCUGAGCGGCGGCGCCGGGAGAUAGUACGCAUGCGUCGUUUCUUUGCAUGGCUAGCGUCCUUAUACUAGUAGCGGCGGGAGCUGCGGUGGCCGCGCUGCUGGCACUGCGGCUGUGGGUUGUGCUCCAUUCUCGGGUCCUGGGGCCCCGUCAGUCUUGCAGUCUCUUGGUGGUGGCUGGGUCCGGUGGGCACACCACUGAGAUCCUGAGGCUGCUUGAGAACCUGUCCAAUGCUUACUCUCCUAGACAUUAUAUCAUUGCCGAUACUGAUGAAAUGAGUGCCCAUAAAAUACAUUCUUUUGAACGAAAUCAAGCUGAUAGAGACCCCACUACCACGCUUUCCGAAUACUACAUUCACCGCAUUCCCAGAAGCCGGGAGGUUCAGCAGUCCUGGCUCUCCACGGUGCUCACCACCCUGUACUCCAUGUGGCUGUCCUUUCCCCUGACUCACAAAGUGAAGCCAGAUUUGGUGUUGUGUAAUGGACCAGGAACAUGUGUUCCUAUCUGCAUAUCUGCCCUUCUCCUUGGGAUACUAGGAAUAAAGAAAGUGAUCAUUGUCUAUGUUGAAAGCAUCUGCCGAGUAGAACAUUUAUCCCUGUCCGGAAAGAUUCUGUUUCACCUCUCCGAUUACUUCAUUGUUCAGUGGCCGGCUCUUAAGGAAAAGUAUCCCAAGUCUGUGUACCUCGGGCGAAUUGUUUGACAAAUGACAGCUUACUUCUCUAGAAUUUUGCAGUCAACCAUAUUUAUUAUAACUGGAGUAGAAAAAACUACAUGUUUAUUGUAAAGGCUUCUGCAGGUCCUGAGAAUUAUUGGUGGUGAAGAGUAAAAAAUGUGUAAAUAAUCCAGUAAGGAGACUGAAGGUGCUCUUAUAAUACAAACAUUAAGGGGCGCCUGGGUGGCUCAGUUGGUUCAGCAUUAGA